AUGGCUUCUCUCAACUCCGACGUUAUCAUGGGUGAAUCCUCCUCCAUCUCCGUACCUUCAUCUUCGUCCAAGAACUCGAAACGAUUUGAAUUAAAGAAGUGGAGUGCUGUCGCUCUCUGGGCUUGGGAUAUCGUUGUUGAUAACUGCGCAAUUUGUAGGAAUCACAUCAUGGAUCUCUGUAUUGAAUGUCUAGCUAAUCAAGCUAGUGCCACUAGUGAGGAAUGCACUGUUGCUUGGGGGGUUUGCAACCACGCCUUUCACUUCCACUGUAUCAGCAGAUGGCUCAAAACUCGUCAAGUGUGUCCACUAGAUGUCUGCGAGUGGGAAUUCCAGAAAUAUGGUCACUAA